CAAAUCUCAAUGAGAUGUGAGAGAGAGGUGCGCUUAGGUUUUUGUUUUUAAAGAACAUUAUUAAUUUAAAAUAUUAGAUACAAACAAUAAUAUUAUAUGAAAUAUGGGAGUCGCUGGACAAUCUAUAACGCUGGCAAAUAGCAUUAUAGGCGUUGGCAUAUUAGCCAUGCCGUAUUGCUUUCAACAAUGUGGUAUAUUGCUGGCAACAUUAAUCUUGCUAACCAUGGGCUUAGUUUCGAGACUUUGCUGCUAUUUCCUUUUGAAAUCUGCUUUGUUGGCCCGAAGGAGAAACUUUGAAUUUUUAGCAUUUCACGUAUUCGGACCGGCUGGGAAGAUGGCCGUUGAAAUCGGUAUUAUCGGAUUUCUGAUGGGAACGUGCAUAGCUUACUUCGUGGUAGUCGGAGAUUUAGGGCCGCAGAUAAUUUCAAAAAUGUUGAACGUUAAUCAAAGCGAUAUAUUGAGGACAUCGAUAAUGGUUGUGGUGUCGCUAGUGUGCGUGCUGCCACUCGGCUUGCUCCGUAACGUCGACAGUCUCAGUAACGUGAGCGCCGCCACCAUAUGCUUCUAUCUCUGUCUCGUCGUGAAGGUGAUAACGGAAGCGACGUCACAGUUGUUCGAAGAGGAAUUACAGAAUCGUAUGGAGCUGUGGAAGCCGUCCGGGGUGCUUCAGUGCGUCCCGAUAUUCUCGAUGGCGCUGUUUUGUCAAACCCAGCUAUUCGAAAUAUUCGAGUCGCUGCCGACCCUGUCCUUAGAGAAGAUGAAUUUGGUUACAAAGAAUGCGAUAAACAUUUGUACAGGAGUCUAUUUCACUCUAGGUCUGUUCGGAUACAUUGCGUUCUGCUCACAGGAUAUAUCCGGUAACAUCUUGAUGAGCCUAAGUCCGACGAUGGCGAGUGACGUCAUCAAGCUCGGGUUCGUGAUGUCGCUCGCGUUCAGUUUCCCGCUGAUCAUAUUCCCGUGUCGGGCGAGCCUCUAUUCGUUCCUGUACAAAAAGGUCCACUCGUCCCACCACGACCACAUGAUCAACCAUUCGAUCCCGCAGACCACGUUCCGAUGCAUAACGGUGGGCAUUAUAGGCGUGGCUCUGGUCGUGGGUCUGCUGGUCCCCAACAUCGAGCUGGUGCUGGGGCUGGCGGGCUCCACCAUCGGCGUGCUGGUCUGCGUGGUGUUCCCGGCCGCUUGCUUCGUCAACGUCACCUUCAAGAAUACGAACGAGAGGAUCCUGGCCAAGGGCAUUAUCGUCCUUGGAUUAAUUAUAAUGGUACUCGGGACAUACGCUAACUUGCAAGCCGCUGAAGGCAAACACGAAAGAUACGACGAGAAAUACAUCACACAAGAAAAGAUUGAUAAAAUGGUUGAGGAUUUCUUCCAGAAGAGAGAGAAAUUGGAGAAAAUAAUUCCGGUCGCCGAGGGAGAGAUUCUUCCAGAUGACGCACAAAAAAUAAUCGAAAGUAACAUAAUAAGGGAAUCGGAGGUUCAACCCCCUAACCCAGUACCUCCAGACUCAUCCAAAGAAAAAAUCCCAGAUAUAGCUUUAAUUGAAAACAAAAAAGUCAAAGAAGCUGUGUCCGAUGUGAUCAAAGCGAACGGCGAUAAAGAACCGGAACUACAUCCCAAAGACGUAAAAUCCAAACUGAACGAAGUCAAAGCCGUGGUCGACGGUAAUGGUAUGAAAGAAGAAAUUGUUAAUAAAAUAGAAGAACCUAAACAGAUGAACGAAAACGAAGAUAGAUUGCGCAUACUGAAACAACAGAAACUCAUCGAAACAAUCAAGAAGCACGGCGAAGAACAAAAAGAACUAGUUCAGGAGCAGAAGGAAAUUAUAGAUGAGUUACUGAAGAACAAGAAGGAAGAGAAAGAAAACAGCAAUGAUGAUAUAAAGUUGUCGGAAGUGAAAGGGAUAGCGGAUGUACCUCCAGGACGUCCGGCUGGUAUCCCCGAGACGCACGCCGCUCUACAGAACGCUGAGGAGUCGCCAAACGAAGCUAAACAACAAAUAGAUCAAAGAGCAGCUGAAGCCAUUAAAGCUAUCGAGGAAGUUAUUAAACCAGAGCAACCAAAGAACAUACGAAAUGUAGCCGACAAUGUUAAAUCUGAACAUAUACAACAAAAUGCACAAAACGCUAAUCCUUCCAAUAAUGCCAACGCAGAUAUCGGAAAAUUGAAAGAAAUCUCCCGGAUUCCGGAACCGAUUGUCAAUGAAUUGAACAACUUCAACAGACCGUUGCCCGUUAACGUUCGAUCCGCAGUUAAACAAGAAUCACCACCGCAAGUCGGUCAAGGCGACGUCAACAAAGAAACACAGAAACAAAACAUAGAUGAUACCGAAAUAAAAAAACUCCAAGAAGCUAGUGUUCAAAAAAAUAUACGAACACUAAACUCGGAUUCACCAGAUGUGCCUCAGUCGUACAAACAAGGAAUGGAUAAUAAAAACGUAAUGCAAAACGUACCAUUGGCUCUAGCGAUGAACGACAAACAGUUAAAGAAUGAAAUCAACAAUGGCGUACCAAAGAAAAAUGUAGAGAAACUCAGUAAUGAUAUUGUUGACCAACAAAACCUCAAUCUCGUUCCGAUACGACAGAAGAGGCAAACUAUAGACUGUUCGAAUAAAGCCACUUUGCGAGUGGAGGACAGAAGGAUAUGUGAAAAUUUAAUUGGAUAUCCAAAUAACAAAGACGUAAUUUUACCCGAAGUGGAUUUGAACGACGCUUUCGUUAAACGUAUACCUAUCGACGAAAACGUUUUACGCGUCGGAAGGUCCUUGAAAAUAUACGACGAGAGAACGAAGGAGAUGAAAGAGAGAUAGUUAAAGUUGUGUUCGUUAUUUCGAGAUUAAGUUUUGGAUGGAGUUAUUCUGAUUUCAAUGUCAAUGUCAACUGAUUUAAGACAAUACAGGAAACCGGUUACAUAGCGAUACAUACAACUAAUUUAAAAUAAAUUAUAAAAUCUUGCCAAUAGAAAUGUGACAAUUAUUUUUUAAUUAACUUCAUCCAAACGUUUCGAUGCAUUUAUUUAUUACUAAAAUUAUGUUACGAUUAGUGUUUCGUUUGUAGUUCUAGCCUGUUGUACCAUUAGAUAGAUAUCAUUUUGCUAAGCCGCAUUCUGUGUGAUAUCAACAUUUUCAUUAUUACUUUUGUCUGUAUAUUAAAUUAUAAUGUAUAUACAAUACUAAAAGUAAAGUCCACUACUGUACACUAAAAGGUCCUUUUAAUCAAUUUAUUGAAACUAACAUUAAUUUAAAUGAGUUUCUUUCAAUUUGAAUUUUAUUGAAGAUUCUUAUUGAAAGUCAAAAUAGACAAUGCUUGGGCUGGUUUUUAGUAUUUUAAUAAUAAAGUUUGGGUCAAAGUCUUCUAACCAGCCAAUUCUGUCUGUCAGAAUUUUAUUUAUCAGAUGAUGUUAUAGAUAGAAAUUAUGUCAAUCGUUAUAAAUUUAAAAAUAACCAAAUUUUCACUUCAGUUUGACUGAUAAUUUAGGCGAUGAGCCUUUCGAAAAUUUGGAUAGUAUUUUUAGGUUUUUAAACAUCUCUUAUAUCCGAAAAGUCAAAAUUAAUUAUAUAAAUCUUAUCAAACAUAAAAAUAAUACUCUUUUUCUGUAUUCUUGAAAUGAUAAUAAUCUUGAUGGAUUAUUUUAUAUUAUAUAUUUUUAAAUUAAUCUCUGAUCUCUAUUAUGUUCCAUGCGUUUAAUACUUUUUAAAAUUAAUUAAAA